CACCCUGGGGUUAGGGAGAGUGGAAAAUGGCUGUAAGUGGUGGUUAAAAGGGCACUGGAGUGAUGUGAAUGCAGUGGGAAAAGCAGGAGGAGGAGGGAAAAGGGUCGAGGUGCCUGAGGAGAGAAACUAUGGCUGUCGUGGACCCUGUGGGACCACGCAGGAUCCCGGCUGGGUGAUGGGGACCUGCUCCCACUGGGUCUGUGGUGCUGGAGGAGACGUUGGGGUCCAUGUUGGCACUUCUGACAUUGCUGUCCCAGCCACAGCAUCAUAAACUGAUUUUAAUAGACAGGGAUAAGAAAGUCCCCUGGGACUAAAGUCCCCACAUCCUGCUCCAACAAGACCUGACCCCCACCCACAGCCCCUCACCACUGCUCUGGGCCUUUUUUCUUCCUCACAAGCCUUGGGGUUUCUCUGCAUCUGCCCUCGGGGUUUUGGGUGGACCAAGGGUGCAGCUGGGAGCAAUGGGGCUGGAAAAAGAGGAAAAUCUCAUUUCAUGGAGCAGGCUCAGCUCUGGGAGGGAAUGACGAGCAGGGAAGAACGUGCCCAGGCAGGCUUGGUGCCAGUGUCAGGGCUCGGGGACAGACGGAUGAGGAGGGACAGGAAAACGUGACCGGCAGCGUGUGCCGGAGGGGAAACGCAGAAUCCAGCUCUCCCGGCCCUAUAAGGCCCCCGGUAUCUGGCUGGGGCGAGGGGGCCGUGGAAGGACCCUUGGGGUUGGGGACAGGCUGGUGGCCCGUGGCGGGGCUGGGUGGCUGUGGCAGGUGGCUCUGCCCCGGGAAGGGGAGGAGACUGGCGGCACUCCCAGCCCGGCCGCAUCCCUUCCCACCGCCCGCGAUGCUCAGUCUGGCUCAGCCUGGCAGCAGCGCAGGCAGGGAGGGCACCCCGGCCUAGAGGACAUGGAAGAGAAUAACCAGACGGAGACCUGGCAACAAAGCCUGCAGGCUAUGCUUAACGCCUUAAACCAGACACUCCACGGGGUCAUCCUCUGCCCCGCUGACCACUCUGCCACCACUGCUGCUGCCACACAGAAUACCCGCCUUGGCCAUCCCAGCCGGAAUGACAACGCCUACAUGUACAUCCUCUUUGUCAUGACGCUCUUUGCUGCCACGGUGGGCAGCCUCAUCCUGGGCUACACCCGCUCCCGGAAGGUGGACAAGCGCAGUGACCCAUACCACGUCUACAUCAAGAACAGGGUCUCCAUGAUCUGAGCCUGGCCCUAACGCCUUGUCCCCACAGAGCCAGUGGGUUUGGGGUCAGGUUGCUCCGCACAUUCCACUGUCUGUGGGAUGUGGCAGUGUUGCCGGCCCCAAAUCUCCUGGGAACCCCCACCGUGGAGAUGCUCAGCCCCGGUGUGAGCAGCACCAGGAUAUCCUCACCAGGAUACAGCUCCUGGCUGGCAAGAGCUGGCAGAAUGCAAGCGACAGGCAGGUCCUGGUCCUGCAGACCCACCUUGACUGAGCCCCAUGGGGACAGGGAUGGUAAAGGCAGCUCCUUACCCACAUGCUGAGGCUGGAAGGGGUCUUCCAGGAGAAAAAUUCCCCAUUUUCUGAUGCCUACUGGAUCAACCAGCGUUGACCUCCAUGGGCUCCCAGCAGCUGUGUGACACGGGCUUUUCUGGUGCUGCAACCCUGUAAUUCUUGAGCUGGGCUAGGCCCUGCUUUUCUGGCAGGGAAUUAAAGGAGGUGGCGGGUUC